AUGGCCGCUCAAUUAUUGCAAGGGCGCGCUGCAAAGACUUCACAGCUCUAUAAGGAUCCUCAUAACCCACACCUGUACCUCGACCGCGCCCGCCUCCAUGAGCAAUUGGGCUUCCCAGAUCUCGCGGCCGCCGACGCAUAUCGUGCUCUGUCCCUCCUCGAAUCCGUCGUAGACCCCGAAGGCUGCGAAUUCCACGCCAGACGCAGGGUAAAAGACCCCGUUGAAGGUGUCACGCCUCCUCAAACCCAGACUGGUGUACCGAUCGAGGGCGAACAACAAGAGGAGAAGGAGGAUGACGAUGACGACGGAACAGUUGGGGUAACAUUGGAAGAAUACAACAGCCUCAUCAGCGAGGUCUAUACAAUCCUAGUUCGCGGGCUAAUGCGCUGUGGCUGCUACCGAGAUGCGUAUGAGUUUGGCGUACGCGGAAUCGGACUGAUACGCCAAUUGGUCCACGAUACGGCGAAUAGCGCAGCACACGUUGCGCUAGAUGAGCAAAUGGAGCGUAUUAAAGAGAUCUACAAGUCACGCACAGCUGCCGAGGGGAAUAUCGAGUUAGAUGCUAUUGACUCGGCUCGUCUACCCGCCCAAGGCUCUGCUCGCCGCGUCCUAUACCCUUGGAACACUCAGGAACCCGAUCGCCGCUCGCCAGAAGAGUUGGAGUUCCUCAACAAAAGACUUGAGAAAGUAGCGCCAAAAUGCGAAGUCCGAGCUGUCGCUCUUCCUGCCCUACAUGACUCGACUGCUCCCGAGAAUGCAGAUGCAGAUACCGAGGUUUCAGUCCAACUGGGCCUUUUCGCGAAGGAAGACAUUGCAGCUGACGAGAUCAUCUUGCGGGAAACAUCUUUGCUUACUGCGACAAACCGCCUCCAUGACGAUCUCUGUGAUGCCUGCAAUGCGCCUCUCCCGGAGCUUUCUGCUGCUGAGCCGCCGGUUGCCUGCGAGGGCGGCUGUGCUGAUACGAUAUUCUGUAGUCAAGACUGCCACGAUACUGCGCAGCAAGUUUACCACGGGGCCAUCUGCGGCUUAGAAGACGGCCUUGAGUCUAUCGGAAAGGACAUCCCCGACCCAAAGGACAAAGCAGAUUACUUGUAUCUCCUUUUGUUGGGCCGGGCCCUUGCGAUGUCUGCUACGCAGGACGUACAUGCGCUAGAUCUGCCUGAAGUCAAGUAUAUCUGGGGCGAUUUCCACGAUUUUGACAUCGACGCCUUCGUCAAUGGCGGAGAUCAGACUAAAACCGAUGCGUCUGGUACGCCUCCGGACUUCUCCCUGCCCUUCUCGUUCCAGUUGAAUAUCCUCCAACCAACGCGUUUCCUCGAGGAAAUGGAGAUCGAUCCCUACGCCUCUCUCCCCCGGUACGACACCUGGGUUUUGAACACCCUGUAUGCGAAAUUCCGUGGCACGGCCUCUGGGCGGCUCUCGACUUGGGACGGUGGACCAGAGCUAUGUGCUGUUCACCCGCUGUGGUGCUUGGCGAACCAUUCUUGUGAUCCUAAUGUGCGCUGGGAGUGGGGUGGAGAGAUCACGUUCCGAGCGAGAACGAAUGAAGAGAAAGCUAUUUGGACUCGCACAUUACCCAACGGGCAAGUGGAGAGCAAGCCUGCCGGUGCCGGAGGAAUUAGAAAGGAUACGGAGAUUUUAAACCAUUAUUGUGAUAUAGGGUUGCCCGUGAAGGAGCGGAGAGAAUGGGCUUGUGGCGCUCUGGGGGGUAAUUGUCGUUGCGAUCGUUGCCAGUGGGAAGCUCUGGAGGUUUAG